AUGGGCAAUGAAAGCAAAAAAAUGAGUUUGACUUUGCAGGAAACAGAUGAAGAGAACAGGGGUAGCAAAAAGCUGAGGUGGAAAAAUUGGUGCUGGCGAUAUGCCAAAUGUAUACGAGGAGGUUACAUUUCAGCAGAACAUAUGCGCUUUGCCUUGUUCCUUGCUACAUCCCGGGGGACAGAUCCUCAGCUGGUUGCAGACACCAUAAGGCAAAUUUCACUCUAUAUUCCCCUAAAUCAUGUAAAACCACCUGGGAAACCCUUCUUAAAAGCUAAAGAUCCUGCCUUGUUUCUCGAAGAGGAAACUGUUCCAGAUUUACUAACAGCAGUGGCCAGACACCCAUCUCCUGCCUGCCUGUUUGAUCCUCGCACCCCAGUGCCUCCGCAGAGGCAUGCCAGGCAUUCCAGGAAGUUUUUUAUCCGUUUCAUCCUGGCUCCAGUCCUACUGCAAAAGCACCCUCCAUACUACAUGGACUACGGUCAUGCUGCGGCACAUUUACAAGAAACUACAGGAAUCCUGGGACUGAGGUCAAGCGAGCAGACUCCUAGGAGCCUCCCAUCCCGCCAGCACCACUUCCCAGCUGCUCUCCGUCAGCCCGGAAAGCGCAACACCAAGGCUCCGCGAUUUGGAGAGUCGUCAGUGCAAGGCAGGCGGCAGACACAAAUUUUCAUCCGUGGAUUUGGCCCCUCGGUUUCCAUGGAUCAGGACAGGAUCUUCCAUCAGGCAUCGUUAGGCAAGCACCACCGCACACGGCACUCACGGGGCUUGGGGGCUUAUCGCAGUCCUCAUUUCCUUGUCGCCCCCAAAGCCGCAGCCGCGUGGGCUGUGAAAAUCCCACCUGAGCCAACAGGCAAUGCUUUGGGCCAAGAAGUCCGUCACCCGGUCAUCUGUGUCAACAACCAUGUCUUCUGUUCCAUUUGUAUUGAAGUGUGGCUGAAGAACAAUAAUCAGUGUCCAGCUUGCAGGAUUCCCAUCACGCCUGAAAAUCCUUGCAAGGAAAUUAUAGGAGGAGCGAGUGAAAGUGAUCCUAUAUUUAGUCCGACAGUCAGAAAACACCUACGUAAAACAAGGCUUGAAUUGCUCCACAAAGAAUACGAGGAUGAAAUAGAAUCCCUGCAAAAAGAAGUGGAAGAUCUGAGAGGUAAAAAUCUCAGUUUACAGACACAGCUGAAAUCUCUUCUGGAUCCUACAGCAUCAGCUUUGUCUUGCCAAAAUGAGGAAACUAGCCAGUCAGCAGAUGAAGCAAGUACCAGUGGCCCAGAAACCCCAGAGGAAUGGAGCAAAAAGCUGAAAGCUGCCAAUGAUAUAUAUGAAAAAGUGAUGGAUAAUGUAGAAAAGUUAAAGGAGGCAAAUAAGAAACUGAGCAUGGAAAACAAUAGCCUUUUAAGAGAGAAUUUGCGACUAAAAGCUGAAGUUGAUAGUAGAUCACCCCAAAAGUUUGGUAGGUUUACAGUAGCUGCACUUCAGUCCAAAGUAGAACAAAGUGAACGUGAAAUGAACCGUCUAAAAAAGGCACUGGAAAGAAGUGAUAAAUACAUAGAAGAAAUGGAGUGUCAGCUUUUACAGCUGAAAAAUGCAGGCGAAGGAACCCAGACAGCGACUGCUGUUAGCGAGAGAGUGGUUUCCACAGAUGCUAAAGGAGCUGAAAGCAGUGAAGAUACAACAUGUUUGAAAAACCAAGUUGAGGAGAAAAAAGCUUUGACUACCAGUCAAAGUCCUGACAGUCUCGAACAGCUGACAAGUGGUGGAACUUGCUUAAGCUCUUCUAGUCAAGAUGGUUCAAAUGGCUCAAAUACCCAGUGUGCCCCGAAGAAAGAACUAUUUCCAGGUUGUCAGGGGGUUCUCCUGGAUGAAAAUACUACAAAUAUGGAUGCCUGCUUAGAAGAGCAGUGGAAUAAAAUGGAGGAAUGUACCCCAUAUAAGGAUGAAGAACUUUAUGAUCUUCCACCACCGUGCACUCCUUUUCUGUCUCUCAGUCGCCUUCAGUUGAACACUCCUGAUGGAAAAGAAAAUGCAAGGAAACCAUCAACAUUCCUGAGAAAACUGAAAUUUGAAGAGUUUUGCGAUGCUUCAGAUGACUGCAGCAAAGAUUCUCCAGAGCACAGCACAAGCAGCUGUAAUAGGGAAAAGAAGCUAAACUGUUUUGCUACAGGAAAAUCAGGUUUUUGGGGGACCUGCCCAACAAAUUUUGCUGAGAACUUAGAUUUUGAUGAAUCGGAGCGAAAUUCGGUAGCUGGUCAGUCAGAUGAGACAUCAGCAAAGUCCAGUGAUAAAACAAGUUCUUGCUUACCUAAGAGAACCUCCAGUGAGGCAUCUAUGGAUGCUGCCUACCUCGAUAAAAUUUCCGAGUUGGACUCAAUGAUGUCCGAAUCAGACAACAGCAAGAGUCCAUGCUACAAUUUCAAGUCCUCCGAUCUUGAUAAUUCUUCAAAGUCAACAGAGUGCUCUAAGCUUCUGAAUGAAACGGAGAAGAAACUGGAAGAGAUGAACGAGGAACAGAGUAUGAAGUGUCCAGAGACAAGCGAUCCAGCAGUUGACAGAGCUGGCUGGAAACCUGCUAUGUUUUCCAUCCUCUCCCCAUCUGAGCUAGAUAUGAAUGACCACUUUCCGCUGUUUACAGGCCAAAACGUAGUGGCUAGUGAUACUAAACCUCCAAACUGUUUAUUUCAAAGAGACUUUUCCCAGAGUUUACUAUUCAGUAACUCACAAAGGUUGUUUGAGGAACAGAAGUUCGGUUCCUGCUUUUUAAAGAUGUCAUCUGACCUGCACAAUCAGCUUAAUCCUCCUUGGGUGUCUUCCUUUAUAGCUGAAAGGAAAAAUAAAAAUGUCAGUCAGUCGACCAAGAGGAAAAUUCAAAGCAGCCUUUCCAGUGCUAGUCCGUCGAAAACCACCAAAAACUGACUUGGCUUGGGAAUCGAACGUGACUCAAAGUCGUCAACCUGCAAAUGUUUAAUAUUUACAGGUGAACUUAAUUUUUAAUGACUUCCCAUGCAAUCUGAUCCUGUCUUUUUCGACUAUGUGAAAACUGAACAUUCCCUUGCCUGUUAUAAGCUCUUUCCUGGGGAAGAACCAUUCCAGAUUCUUUUCAUUGGCUGGGCAUUUUGUUUACUUGGGGGUUUGGGUGGUUUUUUACGUUUUCAGGUUACAUGAUCUUCCAGCUGUGAGCCCAGCUAAUGGCUCCCUUGAACAGGACAGUUUUAAGCGGUCUUGCCAAAUCGGUCGUUUUAUGUAAGAAUUUGUUUUAAAGGUUACGUUUCCCAUUCCUAACGAUUACGUUUUGUGCAUGUAAGGCAGCUACUGGCUAUAUAUCCUAUGGAUUCAUGAAAUUGCUAUAAAACAACGUCAGUUUUGCCAUAAAACUUGCCUCCCAGAUGAAAUGCUGCUGCUUGGACUGUUUCGUAGCACUGUACUGUACUGAAACUCUUGUUUUAAGUGGGUGUAAGGUAGCAGCCUCUUUCUUUUCAGGAUUACAGCACUUCAGUUAGAAAACGUCUCUUCUUCAACACUGCGAACGUGGCUUUUUUUUUUUGAAGUUAAGCACAAUUUUUAAUUUCGUUCCCAAAAAGCAUUGUUAUUCUAGAUGUGUUCAGGAUGCCUGUAUAGACCAUAAAAAUGGGUUUGUAUGCUAAUGACUUGUUUACCUAAUGUGCACUGAACAUUUUACAUUAAUACUGUACCAUUUUACAUUAAUACUGCAUGCUUUUCUAUGUGAAUUGAAUAAAACAUGUUAUAAGCACUGUAA